CACUGACGAAUAUGAGCCGCUCGUUGCUGCAGCUCCGGCAAAGCCUUCGAGCGGCGACGCGGCCGACUUCGCAGCUGACGCGUCGGUGGAUCAACUAUGGUCACGAUAUGCACAAGGAAAUGCUCAAUGGCACUGCCAAGGUCUCUGUGACCGAGUACGAUGAAGGAGGCUUCGUCGUCAACGACGUGAAUAUGCGCGGAGGUGUGGCGCUGUUCUCCGAGAUCGCCAUGCUCUGGAAGCCGAAAAGGGUUGAGGAAAUCACGCGGGAACACCUCACUGUGUUCACAGUUGCCAACCCUCCUGUUGAGAUCCUGGUGCUUGGAUGCGGUGAGCGUAUCAACCACGGACUGGCUCCAGAACUGAAAGAGCUGAUGAAGGUGAACGGUAUCGUUAUUGAAUACUUGGAUACCGUCAACGCCUGCGCUACAUUCAACAUCCUGAAUGCCGAGGACCGCAGAGUGGCUGCUGCACUACUGCCGUAUGAUCCUGAUGCCACCCCUGAGGCCCCAUAAUCAAUCAGCUGAACACACAAAGAUACAGACACGGAAUAAUUUCAAGAGAGACGAGAGGUGUUGAGUUCCAAA